GUCCUCCUCGCUACCCCCGUUCUCACUACCCCCGUUCUCCUCGCUCCCCCGUUCUCCUCAUUCUCCACGUUCUAAUUCUCCUCGCUCCCCCGUUCUCCUCGCUCCCCCGUUCUCCUCGCUCCCCCCACAGCCCACUGUUAGGCCUAGUAAACGGCCAUCUCUCUCCCCCAGCUAACAGCCAGGGAGACGUCAGUGGCAGUGGAGCCUUUCCAGAGCUCAAAGACCCUGAGAGUGACCAACCCCAGCCUGAAAGGGCAGAUGGGGUGGAGACCACUGACCAAACCCCAGCUCUGACCACCCCCUCUCCGCCACCCAGCCCCCGUAAGGACCCCUCCCGCAGGCUGAGCCGUAUCCCCGUCCUGCUGGACCUUCUCCCCACCCCUGGCUCUGCCAUGGAGAAGCUACUCCAGAAGAAAGCCCCCCACCAUCAGGGAGGAGGCCACCACCCAGCCCCCUCUCCCUCUAUCUCCCACCGCGGCCCGGUGGUGGCCUCGCUCCCCCACGGGGACCAGCUGUCCUCCGCCUCAGACCGCUCUGAGAAGGCCGAUGAGUCGUUCCUGGGCUCGCGCUCUGACUGCCAGGGGAAUGACGCCCCCUCCCUCUCCUCCUCUUCCAGCCCCUUGUUCCGUAAGAGCAAGAUCCCACGGCCUUUUAACCCUACCAACCCGGCCCCAGAGCAGGAGUGUGCUGCACAGUACCUUCCACGCCCACCCCCGGGGAGACCACCCAGUCGGCUUGCAGCGGAGGGCAGACUGAAGCGUUAUAGGAUCCGAGCGGGCAGCACAAGGGACUCAGACCUCCUGACCUGUCUGUCCCAGCUGAUGCACCAUGGUCAGGGUGGUGGAUCUGCCCGUGGUUCCCCCCACCACGGCCACUCCUCAGCCCAGCUUGUAGGCUCCCGGAUGGGCAUGUGUAGCCUGACCAGCUCCCCCCACCACCAUCACCACCGGAGCUCCAGUGCCUCCCCACGCAGCUGUUCCUCUCUACAGCGCUCUGUUUCCUCCUCCCCCUCUCGCCACGAACACCGCGGGGGAGAGCAAGGCAGAGGGGUUUGUUUCGGUCGCUCCUGUUCUCCUCCCAGCUUCUCUGGGUCCCCCCCUCCUCCCCGGCGCUCCUACCCCCACCACCAGGAUACUUGCUGCUGCCGCCAGGCCCGCACCGGCUCCCACCACCACCACGCCCUCAAGUGGAAAGCCUGCAGCCGCGAGGAGAGAGAGAGGAAGUGCUCCAGCAAGCUGAGCAGCAGAUAGUGGGUCACUGCUCUGGCCCUGGUCCUAGCCUGACCCAUAGAAACCCCUGGGCCCGUUUAUUCAAGUGUCCCAGAGUAGGACUGCUGAUCUAGGAUCAGUUUGGCCUUUUAGGUAAUAAUGAAUAAGAUUACAUGUACAAUCGUAUUCAUUAUGACCUAAAAGGUUAGACUGAUCCUAGAUCAGUAGUCUUAUUGUGAGAGGCUUUACGAGUAUGGCCUGGGAGUCAGUGUCAUUGCCACAUCAGAGGGUGGGAUCAGGAUGUUGAUGCAGACCAAACGAUCCUGCUCUGGAUCAAUGAAGACCUGAGGCUUCUGUCAGAGAAUACUGAACAUAAUUUCCCCCUCUCCUCCCCUGUCCCCCCCUCUCCUCCCCUGUCCCUCCCCUCUCCUCCCCUGCCCCCCACCCUCCUCCAUUGUCCCCCCUCCUCCUUCACACUUUCUUCUCUAAUUCCAACUAUUUGGUCAUUGUUUAGUCCAUAAUUCAUAUGCCCACUUUAAUAGUUCAUACCUAGUGCGAAAAGGAUCUAUGUGCAUUAUGCUAUGUAUAAGAUGUUGGUGUUCUUGUGGGGUGUUUUCCCUCAUAUCAUCAGUGAAGUGAACACACUUAGCCCUCAUUCAGAAUACCCUAGGUCAGUCAGUGGAUGAGCACUCAUUUAUUCAUCACUCACCAAUUGGAUAUAGACUCAGUCUAUUCUGUUUCCUCUGUACUGACCUGGGGAGUGCAAGGUAUAGCAAGUCUACAUUUAUGGCCAUGAAGCUCCAGAGAAAUGUACACUAUCUACAGAACCUAUUUAUUUACAUCUUGACACACUUGUCACACCAGGUACACACUAACUGAUGACAUCAUCGAUUGAUGUGUCCUCUCUCUCUCUCUCUCUCUCUCUCUCUCUCUCUCUCUCUCUCUCUCUCUCUCUCUCUCUCUCUCUCUCUCUCUCUCUCUCUCUCUCUCUCUCUCUCUCUCUCUCUCUCUCUCUCUCUCUCUCUGACUUCAGUGAGUGUCAUUUAUUUCAAAGGCAUUUAAAGCAAUCAAUUGAUCAAUGAUAGAAGUGAUCAGUCUUUUGAGAAGGAAGUGAUCCUUCCUUUAAAACAAUCAUAUAAAAUGUGUGUGUGCUCACACACGUACUUGUGCCUAAUGUGUUGACUGAUCUGGGGAAUCUAAAUGGCAAACUAAAUGUGUGAUUGAACACUAGUUACUGGGACAUGAUUCCCUUUGUAUGCUCCUCUUCAGAAUGGAGUCUGACUUUGUGUCCCAAUUCUCUACCCUUCCUCCCUGGACUUAAUAGGAAAUUAAUGGUGUAAGAGAUAUGAUGGCAACCCUCCCUAACCUUGCCCAUGCUUACAACCAUCCACUUCAUUUAAAUAUAUGGAUGGGGGGUGGUUGUGGAUUGGGAUGCCUGCUGAGGUGGAUUGGGGUGCCUGCUGAGGAGGAUUGGGAUGCCUGCUGAGGAGAAUUAGGAUGCCUGCUGAGGAGAAUUAGGAUGCCUGCUGAGGAGAAUUAGGAUGCCUGCUGAUAACACUUAUGGUACUCAUUACUACACUAGUGGUGAAUACUAAGUUAUUAUUAUCAUUCAUGUAUAAUGUGUGCCUUGCCUUGGCACUUUGAGCAGCUUCUGGUUUCACUGCAAAGUAAGUUUCUCAUUUUUAUUCAAGGAGUCUAAUAAGACUAAUUUGUGCCAGCUGCAAAGACAGACAGUCCUCAUCAUGUGAUUGUAGCAGUCUUAUUCACUACAGACAGACAGUCCUCAUCAUGUGAUUGUAGCAGUCUUAUUCACUACAGACAGACAGUCCUCAUCAUGUGAUUGUAGCAGUCUUAUUCACUACAGACAGACAGUCCUCAUCAUGUGAUUGUAGCGGUCUUAUUCACUACAGACAGACAGUCCUCAUCAUGUGAUUGUAGCAGUCUUAUUCACUACAGACAGACAGUCCUCAUCAUGUGAUUGUAGCAGUCUUAUUCACUACAGACAGACAGUCCUCAUGUGAUUGUAGCAGUCUUAUUCACUACAAGGAAAAGGAAGCCAAGUUAAUGUUUUUAUUUGAUUUAUUCAGACAAUAUUUGAAGAACGAUCAUUGUUAUUUAUGAUAUUAAAAAAAGGAAAUGUUUUAAACUAAAACGUAGAUAUCCUGUGUUGUAUAAAGUUUAGGACAGGUCCAACAUUUCUGUCAAAUAAUAUCAUAGUAUUUAUGUCAGUUUCCCUCCUCCAGUACCCCCAACAGCACACGUUGUUGUAGCCCCGGACAAACACACCUGAUUUAGUUAAUCGAGGGCUUGAUGAUUAGUUGACAAGUUGAAUCAGGUGUGCUUGUCCAGUGCUACAAUAGAAAUGCGUACUGUUGUGGGUACUGGAGGACUGGAGUUGGGAAACACUGAUUUAUGUCAUAUAAAUAUCCUAUACCAAAUCAAACUUCCAAAGGAUGAAAAACAUGCGAAGAAGAAUGUUGUCUUUGCUUUGUAAUGACAUGUUUUGUGCACUAUGAUUUCAAACAGUUCAUGUAUUGUUUGAGAACCAACCCUGUUUUCUUUACUUCAUAAAGAUUCAAUGAACACUCAUUUAAAACCUCCCUCACCUAACCUUGGUUCUACCUACUACACCCUCUCCCUUAGCCUGAAAUCCAGAACCAGUUUUGUGCUGACAUUCCACUCGUUGUACUCUGUGUCAUUGUCAAGCAUUGGCAUGACAAGGAGUGGUAUGAUAGCAGAAACAGUGAUACGCAGACUACCUCUCCCCACCCCUCUGCUUGUAAUACACUGUGAUAUCACUAACUCAUGCUUCCAGCACUACUACGCCUUGCAUGCGCUGCCUACCGAGAAAAACAAUCAACCAAUCAGUGAAGUAAGCAGCAUACCAGUUCCCAUAAUGCACUGUGAUUGUCUGAAAGGGACUUAUGUUUGUUGGGUAGUACCACAUGUAUUUUGGUUGGAAUAUUUAAUUUGCUUAGAUUUCCCUUUCGUCUCAUGAUCUCGUUCACUCUUAUCGUCCCACUUGACCCACAGCAUUGGUCUGGUUUCCUAGCUCUCCCAAUGCUCACAUCUUAGGACUACUGUACUGCCUCAUUACUGAUUUUUAAAAAACGUUGUAUUUAUUUUACAUCUGUCUGAUUGGCUUAUUAUCAUGAUGUGACACAUGCAUCGUAGAGUCUGAUUGGCUUAUUAUCAUGGUGUGACACAUGCAUAGUAUGGUUUGAUUGGCUUAUCAUGAUGUGACACAUGCAUAGUAUGAAUAACGUGUAGAGGAAAAUAAUUGCCUUAAUCUAAAGUACUUUUAUCAUACAACUAUAAUCUACUGUAAUUCUGCAUUAUGAGAUGAACUAUAAUGAUCUACUGUAUGUCAAGUGAAUUGUUUUACUUGGUCCAUUGUGGUAGAUAGUAUUGGUACCUGCCUACAGUCUGGUGGCAUUCCCGGUUGUUUACAUUACAGACAUGUUGAUACAGAUCUGAUUGAACUAAGAUAGCUACAAAUGUGAAAGAGAAUAGUGUUUAACAUUGCAGGAACCCCAUCAAUGACUUAAUGAUCUGUGCAAAGUGUAGGCAACCUCUCACAGAGCAAUGUGUAGGCCGCCUGGAACGCCCCCUCUUUCUCACAGAGCAACAUGUAGGCAGCGUGGAACUCCCUCUCUGUCUCACAGAGCAACAUGUAGGCCGCCUGGAACGCCCCCUCUUUCUCACAGAGCAACAUGUAGGCAGAGUGGAACUCCCUCUCUGUCACACAGAGCAACAUGUAGGCAGCGUGGAACUCCCUCUCUGUCUCACAGAGCAACAUGUAGGCAGCGUGGAACUCCCUCUCUGUCUCACAGAGCAACAUGUAGGCAGAGUGGAACUCCCUCUCUGUCUCACAGAGCAACAUGUAGGCAGAGUGGAACUCCCUCUCUGUCUCACAGAGCAACAUGUAGGCAGCGUGGAACUCCCUCUCUGUCUCACAGAGCAUCAUGUAGGCAGAGUGGAACUCCCUCUCUGUCUCACAGAGCAACAUGUAGGCAGCGUGGAACUCCCUCUCUGUCUCACAGAGCAACAUGUAGGCAGCGUGGAACUCCCCCUCUUUCUCACAGAGCAGCUAUGAUGGGUGUUCAGUCAGUCAGUCGCCUUAAUCGUGUGUUUUCUCUUUUCUUCCCCUGGCUGUGUGUAAAGCAAGAGAUAACUGAACUGUGUCUGUCUGUCUACUCUGUGCUGAGGAUCACUCCACUGCUUAGCCCCAACCUACCGUCAGGUUCCUCCCAUAGGCUGUAUAGGGUUCUCCCUUUCCCCCUUUGACAGGUGUGUUCAAAUCAAAUGUUAUUUGUCACAUGCGCCGAAUACAACAGGUGUAGACUUUACUGUGAAAUGCUUAUUUACGAGCCCUUUCCCAACAAUGCAGUCAAAAAGUAAGAAUAAUUAGCCAAAUAAAAAGGGAAUAGUAACACAAUAAAAUAACAAUACAAGGAGUACCAGUACAGAGUCAAUGUGCAGGGGUACGAAGUAACUGAGGUAAUAUGUACAUGUAGGUAGGGGUAAAAGUGACGAGGCAAUCGGGAUAGAUAAUAAACAGAUUAGCAGCUGUGUGUGUGUGUCUGUCGUCAUUAUGUGAGUGUGGUUGUGUGUGUGUGUUCUGCCUUUAUAGAUCUGUGGGAACUAUUUCUCCAGCAAAUUAGCAUCAGAUAGAUUGCUUUGCUUUCUGUUGGCAGCUCUGUUCUUAUUGGCUCGUUUGGCCCAAUCAAGUUGUCCAUUAACUGGACAGAAUGCGUGACUUCAAUGUCAGUAACAAUUUGACCAGUGAGCUGUGUCUGUAUUCUGGAAUCAGAACCGAGGUUGAGUGUUCUAAGGGUUUUAAAUUCCUCUUGGUUGUAUGAUAAAGGUCUGUUUUUACAUCCAGAGAUUGUGAUGUAAACAUCCACAUAGUACCACACCAAGCAGUAUUGCGAUAUCUUUUCAAUUCUAGGCUAUAUUCGGUACUUCCAUAAGCUAACUAACUGCAACUUUUUAAUAUAUAACUGUAAAAAGUGAAAAGUGUUAAUUUCAAAGAUCAUCUUGAUGAACCAUCACUUAUUGCUUCAGUAAAGACAAAGAGUUAAAGGAAUAAACAGUGAUGCCAAUAAUCAAUCCAUGAAUUAUAUUAGUAUUUUAUUGUUAUUAUUGCACAAACCAAGUGGUAUAUUGUUACUUUCCUGACUGAGAUGUUGAUUUGUCACUGGUGACAUGGUGGUGGGAUUGUACAGGUGCCACGAAGCUGUCACAGCAUGCCUGUAUCUGUGCUCCAAUGAUUGUACUCAUUCAUGGCCAGGCCACAGAUACUGUGUUGUUGGAGGUUUUGGGACAAUAAGCUAAACAGCUCAAAACAACAUAAACAAACAACAACAAAUUGAUAUAUUGGGUGUAUGGAUGCUCAUUGUUGCCUGUGUGACUUCAGUGUUAGAUAGUUCUUGAAAUGGUUCACGUUUUAGUCCUGUGCUGCAACGGUUUAGAAAUAUGUGUACAGCCAGAAGGAAAGACUGUAACAGGGGGAAGAUCUACAUUGUACAUAACUGUAAUUAUUUAUGUUUAUUUUAUUGUUCAUACCAUAUCAAUGCCUUGUACAGUGUUUUUUUUUCAGUUCAUUUAAAAUGAUUUUGUAUUUUAUUUUUAUAAACUGGUUAUAAAUAAAAUACUCAUUCAGCA